AUGGGUGAAGGAGAUGGUGGUAGAGAUUAUGCUGUUCAAUUGGUAGUAAUGCAGAUGACACUCCACUGGCCCUCCGGGGGCCACUGCCUAUUCGCACAAAAACUCGAAAACGAUCUCAAUUCCUUAGAUACAAGCCUCAGUCGGGAUGAAUUCAACUUCACAUUUACAACCAUUGAUGGAAAUGGCACAUUUAAGGAAUUGGAGAAUAAUAUUACUACAUUUCCGACGAAGUUAAGUGCGAGUGCGAAGGAUAAAGCACAGGAAUUGGAUGAGAAAGCAACGUGCAUUUGGAAUGUUGCGACGAGGUUGAAGAGGAGUCUCCCUGCGGAGAACGAUGACGAUGAGGAUGGAGGAUCGAAGACUUGGGAUAAAAGGAAUGAGCUCAGAGCUGUCCUGAUUAUGGUUAGAAUGUUCGCUUUCCUGGUGUUGGAUUGUGCGAAUGAGUGUGGGAAUUCUGUCGCUCAUAUACAAGCGGAUACUGGUGGAGAUGAAGAAAAAGAGAAAGGGGAGAAGUCCAGGGGAAACUUGUUGAGAUUGAUGAGAGUGGGAAUCAAGACCGGGAAAGACUGCUUGGAUGGACAAAAGAUCGAUUAUGCCGUCAAAGUCUUGGAGAAGCUUGCAGGAUACACAGGAUACAGUGAAGAACUUUUACGUACAUACGAAUCAUCUGGUGCAUCAGAAGAAAGGGCUGCCUGCGCAAGAUUUACUGCUGAGUAUUUUGUUGUUAGAACUUUAUUGUCUCUCGGACACUUAUAUGAGAUGGGAAAGGCACUACUUGAGAAGCAACAGCAUGCUUUGUCUGUCAAAUGGCUGGAGCGUGCUUAUAAAGUUCUGAGUGGUGAUGAGUUGGACAAAUUGAGCGCUGAUGCUACAGAACUACGAGUAUCCAUUGUCCAAACACUCACCAAGGCACUCUUAGAGACUAAAACACCUGAAUCGAUACAACGGGCACGAGAGUUGAUUGACCUUCUCGAGUGCGAACUUGGCGAUAAAUUGGUAGUUCUACUUUUGAAACUGGAACUUCUGACGGGGAUUCCAAAAGAAACUUUUGAUGGUUUGCCAUAUAGUGCUAUUCUCAAUAAGAUGAUUCGAACUCUUGUUUUAAAUCCGACGAAUUUGCGAUUGUUCAUGUUUCAUGUUAGGAAACUUCAUGAAAAGGCGCCGAGUUUGGCAUGUGGAGUUCUAGAUGAGAUGAUUAGAUUACGAGUCAAAGAGUUGGUGACUAUGACAGAAUGGUUAGAGAAAGCUCUUCUUACGAGGAUCUGGAUGUGUGUUAGUGGGAGAGAAACUGGAGAAUUGUUUGUUGCUAUUGAUGGGUUUCUUACCAUGAUUGCGGGGAACAACGUGAAUUCGAUCGGUGUCGAGGCUACCAUGGCUGCUCAUACGUUAAUCUGGAAGAAGAUAGAAGCAAACUAUGGUCUAAAGCAGUAUGAAGUAACUGAGAAAUGGUGUCGUCUUGCAAUUCAUGGACUUUUUAAGAUACCUGGAGAGGCCAAUAUGGCUAAGAUAUCUCGGAAACUGCUUCUGUGUGCCCUUAAUCGAGGAGAUAUCAAUUCUGCUCGUGAUACCUUUACAUCUAUGUCCGAUUGCGCAAAAGAAGAGCCAUUAACACGAUUUCUCAUGUACAAAAUAGCAAUCAGAAGUGAGGAGGUCGAAUUGGCAGCAGAAUGCCUUGAAAAGGUGGCUUCAUGCACCGAAGACCCCUCCCUGCUUUUCGCUUGUGUUCUUGAUGCACAACAAGUUGGCAACAAGAAACAUGUUUUAGAUGCUCUUUGGAUGGUACUAGACAAAUGUGGAUAUUGUGUGCAAGAGAAUGUGCGUCUUCCGUCGAUUAUCAGGAUGAUUAUUGUUCUACUUAUUGGUAUGAUUGACGCCGAGAACACACCAAGUGGUUACGCCAGAGAGAACAUUGAGAAACUGUGUAAAAUGUUCGAAAAAGCACUCAGCGCCGUUCAAAAAUCCCUCAAUCGAGAAAUAUGGACAAUCCUCGAACUCGAAUGGCUUUCCCGAAAUUCCUACAACCUAUCCCUCAAACAUCUUUCCGUUUGGGAACCCCAACAAUCUCUUAGAAUGCUCGCCUGCUGUAUCGGUUUUAUUGAUUGCUACCCACGAGAUAUCGGUGAAGACGCACGUGAGGACGUUACACUCCGAAAAAUGUUCUGCAAUUUCUGCGCCGCAACGAUUUUCGUUUCCAUCGCAAGAGCAGAACAGAAUGUUGAACCACAAUUACAGUUCUAUCUUAAUUUAAGGAAACAUGUAGCGAGUUUUGAUCAUAUAUUACAGGAAAAGCUGGAGAAGUUGGAAGUGGAAAUUACCGAGGAUUUGUUGAAGAAACUGUCUGUUCUACUGGCGUUUGAUUUUGAGGCCGCAUGUAGAUUGAAAGAUUGGGGUGGACUUGGAGAGGUUAUCACUAAAGCAGGAAUUUGCAAGAGUAUGAGGGCCUAUGAGUUGAUGGCGGAUUGUAUUUUGAGUUGUGAGGCUCCGACUCAAGUCUUAAUCAUGACUCUCAAAAAAAUCACAAACAAGACGUGGGAAAUGGAAGAAUUUGAUACCAUAAAAUUGUCAAAAUACAUGCGUUGUCUAUUUCAGGCAGCUAUGGGAUCGGACGAUAAGAUUGCAGAGGAACUUAUUGAUCAGGUUUGUAUACUUGCUGCUGAUGCUGCCGAGACACAAAUUCCCUACCCAACUCAAGAACUCGAUUGGUUAGCAACCAAAUCCUUCAACCAUGCCAUCGAUCUCUUCAGCGCAGACAAAGAUGAAGCGUGUAAACGAUGGGCUGAAAAAUCAAUACUGAUUGCGGGAUAUUGCGAUGAUGCGGGAAGUUUGAAGAGGCUUUUGGUGCAGAGAUUUGGGGGUUUGAAAUUCGAUUGUUAG